AUGGAAUCAGUGAGAAUACAGUCAUUGCUUGAUAAAUUGGCUCCGUCCAAUGCUUUGGAGCCUGUUUCUUCCAAGAAAAUCGAUCGAGUGGUGAUUGACGAUUCGGUACCCAGUGCUACAUUGAACAAGAUGUACAUCAACCGUUAUAACAAUAACGGAGCAGGCUACUCAGACGAGGCACUUAAACAGCAUACAACAUAUUACGAAGGAUUGUCAAUUCUUGAGAGGAACAGUUAUUUAAACAUCAGUAAUCUACCGUUAUGGAAAGCGUCUUCAAGCAAGGCUGGGAACCCCAUCGAGAACGUUCUUAAUAACGAUUGUGACACGUUCUGGCAAAGUGAUGGAGGACAACCACAUAAAGUAGAUAUUUACUUCAGUAAAAGAGUUGAAAUAGUUCUGCUGGCGAUGUAUCUAUCUAUCAGAGCCGAUGAGUCUUAUACGCCCAAGAUUAUACAUGUUUACGUUGGACACAGUCCGUCUGAUGCUGUUUACUACAAAACACUGGAGAUUAGGUGCAUCAAUGGAUGGCUAGGCCUUACGUUCGAGGACAACAGAGACGACGGUUUGCUGAAAUGUCAAUUUAUCAGGUUUGUCUUCCCUCACAACCAUGAAAAUGGUAAAGACACUCAUCUUCGUGCAAUGAGAAUUUAUACACCAACUGGUAAGAAAACCAUGGAAGAUACAAUGCUCGGACAUUCUGCUGUAACUGACCAUAUGUUUCCCGGCUUCUCCAUCAGAUGA